CAGCCUCUUAGCAACAUGGCUUCUCCUUCCUCCUCCCCAGUCGCCCUCCGCGGCGCCGCCACCUUGGCCGCGCUGCUGGCGGCCGUCUGCCUCCUCCACGCCGGCGGGGCGGCGGCGGCGGCGGCGGACCUGUGCGUGGACUACUACGACUGCACGUGCCCGGACGCGUACAAGAUCGUGCAGGGGGUGCUGGUGCAGGCGCACAAGUCGGACCCUCGCAUCUUCGCCAGCCUGAUCCGGCUCCACUUCCACGACUGCUUCGUGCAGGGCUGCGACGGCUCGCUGCUGCUGAACACCUUCAACGGGAUGGAGACGGAGCAGGACGCCAUUCCCAACAAGGGCUCGGCGCGCGGCUACAGCGUCGUCGACGCCGCCAAGGCCGCCCUCGAGGCCGCCUGCCCCGGCGUCGUCUCCUGCGCCGACAUCCUCGCCAUCGCCUCCGAGAUAUCGGUCCAGCUGUCCGGAGGACCCGGGUGGAGCGUCUUGCUGGGGAGGCUGGAUGGCUUCACGUCCAACUUUACCGCAGCCGGGGAACUACCAGGCCCAUUCGACCCACUCAACACUCUGAAAGAAAAGUACAGAACGGCCACGCUCGACGAUACUACCGACCUCGUCGCUCUCUCUGGCGCCCACACUUUCGGCCGCGUGCAAUGCCAGUUUGUCACCGACAGACUGUACAACUUCAGUGGCACGAACCGGCCUGACCCGACCCUCAACCCAGGCUACAGGGCUUUCUUGUCCCAGCGAUGCCCAAGGAACGGACCCGUGGGUUCCCUGAACGACCUCGACCCGACAACACCCGACAAGUUCGACAAGAACUACUUCACGAACCUCAAGGUGAACCGCGGCUUCCUCUAGUCCGACCAGAUACUCAAGUCACACCCACUCGCAGUAGGGACGACGGCGCCGAUCGUCGACCGGUUCGCAGGCAGCCAGGACGCAUUCUUCAAGGCCUUUGCGCAUUCCAUGAUCAAGAUGGGGAACAUCAGGGUGAUAAAGGACCCCCCUCCAAGGGAGAAGUCCGGAAGCGUUGUGCAUUCGUCAAUUGAGGUUAGGGGGACACCACGUGCGGAUAUACAAUACAAGUGUGGGUGUGGCAUGGGAGAUGUGCGUGUGAUCAUGGACGUCAUGGACGUAAGGAUGAAUUCAUCUCUUAUUUUUCAACAAUAAUUGGUAUGUGUGUCAACCAAAUGUAAACAUUUCGUGCAUGCAUGCUUGUUGUCGGACGUGGAAUAAAGUGUAAAAAGUCAUUUUAAUGUUUU